GCUGACAGAGUUACGGUGAUGGUGCAAAGAAGCUCGGGGAGACACUGCUGCCGCCACAGCCGCCCCCUUCGUUAAGUUGCGCGCGCUCGCGUCGUCCAAGUUCUCGCUACCGGGAGGACAAAGGGGGCACUUUCUCGCGCUGCCGUCGCGACUCGCCGCUCGAUGCGCGACCAAGAGGGACGAGGGUGUCGCACGACGUCCCAAUGAAAUGACGAGGCACGCGCUUCCUCCAUCCAUCGUAAUUACGUUACUGGCCUCGUCGGCGGGUUACGAGUUUUAUGUACCGAGAGACUUUUGCCGCCGCCGCUUCCGCGACUCCACCGAAAGCCUAAUCACACCGUUGGCAGCUUUGGCCGCCUGGAAAAUUGCGGAUGAGGUAGGCCAUUGGUGCACCUAGCCACCUCGCUCGACUUCCCCCAGCCCUCUGCCAGCUUCGCUCAAUGUUGACGAUAACAUAACCUGACAUCGAUCGCUCGUGGAUGCCGUGCUACCAGCUGGCAAAUUCGGCUUCCGGCUGAGAAUAUUUAUCCAAGGAGCCGAAGACGGUGUUGUCCGCCUUCUUCUGCCGUAACUCACGACGAGUUGUGUAACUCUUCUCAAACGCAAUUAGCAUGGAAAUAUCGUUGUAAAAUUAAAUAAUCUAAUGAGACUGAAGUUGGAAAAAGCGAAUCGCAGAUACAUGGUUAUUUGUAAAUUAAGUCAAAUUCAGGAAAUGAAAAUCACAAAGUUAACACUGUCGAUUCUUAUGUUCGUAUUAAUGCUAUCGAUAUUCGUCGCCAAUGUCGCCAAUAUAAUCGACGUAGAUUCACAUACCCUUGACAAAGUCAAAGAUAUUGAGGACGUAACUAAGUUAAAAUCAAGAUGGUUUGAGCCCAAAAAAUUUGAGAUUCAUGACUCCUACGAGCAUUUGGUAUGGUUUUUACAAAUAACGGACUUGCACAUAAGUAUCUUUCAGGACCCUCUUAGGAUAACGGAAUUCAAAGAGUUUUGCGAUAUAACAGUUGGUUCUAUAAAUCCGGAAGUUGUUCUUGCAUCUGGAGAUUUAACGGAUGCCAAAACAGUGGACAAAAUGGGUUCACGACAAUAUUUAGAAGAGUGGAAGCAAUAUAAAAAAGUCCUUGAUGAUUCUAAAGUUGCCGAGAAAACAACAUGGCUGGACGUACGAGGCAAUCAUGACAACUUCAACAUCUUCGACACAAAUUCAAAGGACAACUACUACACCAACUACUCGAUGCAAGGCCGUAAGCACCCACGGUCCUAUAUGCACCAGGUGCACCUCGGUUUGGACAAGUAUACUUUUAUAGCGGUGGACGCGUGCCUAAAGCCCGGGCCCAAGAGGCCCUUUAAUUUUGUCGGGGCCCUGGAUAAUCUUGAGAUCGAUCGGUUGGAAAGUUUAAUGAACGAAUCAAGGUCGAGCCAAGCCGACUACAUCAUAUGGUUUGGGCAUUAUCCGACAUCGUGCAUCGUCGCACCCAACGACGGUGGCAUCAGGAUGAUUAUAGGUAAAUACGAGGAAAGCUUGACGUAUUUGUGUGGCCACUUUCACACACUUGCCGGUGUCGUCCCUAAUAUGUAUACUUUACAAAAGACUGGCUUCCUUGAACUGGAAUUAGCUGAUUGGAAAGAUAAUAGAAUGUACAGGCUCGGUGUCAUUGAUCACGGACAAUUUUCCUUCACCGACAUAGAACAUCGCGACUGGCCAGUCGCACUAGUCACUAAUCCAAAAAAUGCACAAUUUGCAAUGCCGCAUAAAGAGAACAUAGAGUCAAUCAUCCAUUCAACACACAUAAGAGCUCUGGCUUUCUCAAUUGUAGAUAUAAAGUCUGUGAAGGUGCGAAUAAACGAUAAAAAUUGGAUAACGUGUGUACGCAUCAAAGGUCCUCUGUACGUUGCAAAAUGGAAUCCUUUAAAUUAUUCGACUGGUAUUCAUUAUAUUCAGUUGCAAGUUACAGAUAUUGAUGGAAGGAUGAAAAUUGUAACGCAAGCGUUUUCCUUAGAUGGAAGCAGAUUAUCGUUUGGUAUUUUAUCAAGAAUUGUACUUAUGUCUAAUGUUAGUCGAAUAUUUCAGUUUUUAUUUGCAACACUAUUUAUUCUCCUGAUCAUACCUUUAUGUAGCUUACGUAUUUAUCAUAAUACUUAUCGAUCUGUGUACGAUAAAAAUCGUGGUGUACCACGAAUAAAUUGCAAAUUAUUCCAUUGGUGGCUUAGAGGUCACUGGAUUUUAUCCACCGUUGAUCGAUUAUUCUUUCCACUGGUUUUAUACGCUGCAUACUUGAUCGUUGGUCCAUGGACUAUAGGUGAAAUAAUCGACAAUCACACGGGUGUUAUAUUUGCGUGGGGAACGUUCAUUGGAAGUUCGUUCCUACCUGGAUCGUUCACUUAUGCAUAUGGCUUCUUUCAAUUACUAUCCUUCCAUCUUCCAUUAACACUUAUUAUAGCACAUCGCGUUAGUCAACGAUUACAUUUAAUAGAAAAACCCCCGAUAAAAUCAGCCGCUUUGUUAUUAAGACUUUGCGAGCACUUUCCAUUUGUAUUAUUGGUCACAUUACAAGCUACUAUGAUCUAUUUCUUUUGGCUGGCUUAUGGAACAGUUGCUACAAUUUUCUGUCCAUUAAGGACUUGGAGUUUAUUUUUAGCUAUUUUAUUAUGGUAUCAAGUAUAUCAAAUGCCAACAAAAUGCUUAAGGUCGGCGGCAAAAGUAUGGUGUACUCACGGUGAACUUGUUUCAAAAGUAAAAGAUGAUGAUCAAUACAACAAUUCAAAGUAAAGAGCAAUAUUGGAUCCAUAAAAACAACUGCAAAAUACUCUAUGACAAUGAAGACAGAUAACACAUACUUAAUAUUUUUAAAAAGCAGGAAACCGCAAAGCAUUUAUGAAAAACAAGUUUUUUCUUGUUUUCAAAGUUAGAUGUACAAAUAUCAUAUGUUUAUUCUAAUACUUUAUUAUUUUCUUUUCUAAUUAGUAUUAAUUACACAA